AUGUCGAAAGACUCCACUGAAAUUUCAGGCCGAGCAACCACCGACCAAAUGAUUGCUUUGAACGGCUUCUUAAAGGUCGAUCCACAACUACUAAGUGGUAAGUUUAGUAGUACGUUCACCUUUAAGAUUGCUCAAAAACGAUGGGAAAUUAUUGCCGAAUCAUUAAAUGCCAUGCCCGGGGCUGUUAAAAGUUGGAACAAAUGGCGUAAAACAUUCCAAGACAACCGUACUAAGGCAAAAUCAAAACAUUCAAUGAUUCGUGCAGAUAUGAGGAAAACUGGUUUAAACACUCCUUGCUCUAGCCUUUCUUUGAUUGAAAAUGAUACGUUGGACCUGAUCAACCCAACUAGCAUUUCUGGUCACACAUCAAGCAACGCUUCUAAAGCCUAUUUUGUGUUUGACGAUAACUGUGAUUUAGGGACACAACCACUUGAUGACAAUAUUGUCACAGUUGAUCUGAGUGAUGUCUUGCUACAGGAAGAAAAUUCCAUUCCAUUUGGUACCUCUUCAUCUCCUCUUCCAAAUCCUAACAUCAGUUCCAUUAAUGAUCCAAUCAAAAGUAUGUUCAAAUUAAAUUUUCCUAUAAGAGCUGUUGUUAGCUUAACCGUUCAAUUUUCCUUAAAUUUCCUUUAA